CUAGCUGCUAGCUCGUAUGACUGUCGAGGUCGUGGUCGAGGUGACCGAACGUCCAGAUCGACGCCCACGUCAAUACUAGGCUUGGUGCUGGGACGUUGCCCUGGUCAGCAUUCUUGUAGAUACCUGAGGAUCGAGGUUGGAAAAAUUUUAUUACUGAAGCGUCAAUGAAUCUUUAUCAACGACCGGACGGUCAGUGCUUCGGCACUGUUGAUCGACUUUCAUAGUUGCCACAAUUUCUCCUGUAUUAAGCGGUGGACAAGGAGAGUGACCAUUUUCGAUUCGAAAGUGCAUUGCUUUAUAAAUCUCGCUAUUUUCUGUCCGUUCAUUUGUUUUGAGUAAAACGUCAGCAUUGAGUACAACUUGACAGCGAUAGUGACUAUGCGAAUGUCUCUUUCAGCUCCUGGCUAAUGUGUUUAACCGGUCCGAUAUCACGGGGAUUUUAACUUUUUCACGGGAGCCAUUGUAUAUUCCAAUUUCUAUCAUGUUCAGUCGAUGAUCACGGUUAGCAUAUAUUAUUAAGACAGAGUGACCAUUUGAACAAUUAUUCAUGAACACGAUGAUACCAGAAUAUGCUACGAUAAAUUGUGCCAUUGAUUUCAUUAAUAGCGUUAAAUAAACUCUUCAGUCUUCUUGAAACUUGCAUCACACCUUUUUUAAAAGUUGACAUUGACAUUUACGUAUCCAGUCGUUGAGAAGAGACUUGACUUGGCCAUCUUGAACAACUGACUUUAUUACCUCUUUCGUUUGUAAUUAGACAUCAAGUAUGGAGGCGAAGAGAAAAUCGUUUUUAAUCUGUGAUAUUUUGAGUGAGAAUUUUUCGGCAUUUCGUCACCCCGCCGCCGGGGCCUUAGGUUGUCCGACAAACAUGAGUCGUUAUACCGCUAUGAUGAAGGCCUACACGGGCUACCACACAACCUCAGGAAUCGGUGCAAAUCUUGCAGUCGACAUCUUGUAUCCAACUCUGAUUCAUUCCCCCUCUAUACCAAUCCACCACCACGCCCCUGCCACGCCCACUCCUCACCUUCAUCUACUCAAACACAACUCCGCAUCCAGCAUACCACCGGCGAGAAAUCACCCCAAUAACAGACCGCUAGAUAGCCAGAAUUUCCCCGAUGGAUGCCGCCCCGCGUCGGCCGCUGAGGCUCAUUUACCCGCGACUCUUCCGAUCAAGCCGCGAAGACCGAGGCGACGACGAACGACGUUCACUCCAGGGCAGCUGGCGGCCAUGGAGAGGAAAUUUCGCUGCCAGAAAUAUUUGAGCGUUGCGGAGAGGGGCAUGUUGGCCGACCGACUAGGCUUGAAUGAAACUCAGAUUAAGACAUGGUAUCAAAAUAGAAGAACAAAAUGGAAGCGACUGACAGGCCCAGCGGAGAGGAUGGAGGAAUUACGUCAUCACUUUUGCAACGAGGACGGCUGCCCUGGCCGCAUGCGCAAACACGUUCGCGAUGUGGUAGGCACUGAUCUGAUUGGUCCUACGACCUUGACGUCAUCGCCCGACAGCAACCAAUUAGGAGAGGAGAAUAGUUCAGCAGAGAAUGGACUGCUGUCAACAUUUCAAGAAAGCUCAACUGAAAGCUUUCAUUCCGCAGAUGAAGAGGAAGUUUGCUCUUGACUUCAUGAUAAAGUUAGACUGAUUUGGAAGAGGGUAGUUUUAUCCAAUAUUGCUCGAGACCUCUAUUUAUUGUUUUUCCAGUUUUGAGAACUGGUGUGCCGCUCUUGCUUUUGUGGCAGUAAUUUUCACUAUUAUGAGUGAAAGUAGAAUGAAAAUCAUCAUUUAAUCCAAAUCAGGAGUGCACUCAAGCCGUUGAGCAAUUUAAUGUUUUCAUACUAUUGUACAUGUACUAUUUAUUCUAAUUACUAUGUGUUUUACUCUGUACUUGGUCUUAUACACAUUUAGUCUAAUUGCCAAUUAGUCCAAUGUCCAGACGGACUAAAUUUCACUCACUCAAAUGAAAAUUUGAUUCAUGAACAGUUCAUCUAACCAGAAAGACUGGGUGGUGUCAGAUCAAUGGGAUAUUAUACACAAUGGGUCUAGUCAAACUCGAAAUUAGACAAAAUGGCGAUUAGACCAAACAGUUAGUAGAAGAACUGUUUGUACUGUAGAUGAACUAGGAUUAGACCAUGUGGGGUGAGAAAGUAGACCAAUCGGGUAUAGACCAAGUGGCAGUUUAUCAGGACAAUACACCAAAUGCACAAAACAACAGGAUAUAUGUUUUUAUCAUAAUACUUUUUUAAUCAAUGAACAGAAUAUAUUUCACUCUUUGAUUUUGUACAUUUCAAACGCAAUGGUCACAAUACUUUUUUUUUUACACAACACAUUUGUAGCAGCCUCGUAACUUUUGCGUGUUAAUACCUUGGAUUUAAGUUGAUAACUCGACUGUAAAAUGGUUCCAUGACAUUUGCUCCGGCGAUAAUUGCUCCGAUGAAAAAUCUGCACAUUAAGCCAAACAAAAAACCUAACCUCCAAAACUAAUAAACCCUUAUCCUUAUCUUUACACUAUUUAACUCUAUUACAUUCCUUUCUUUAACCCUAUGCGGUUUGAGAUAUUAAGACAGGAGGAAAUGUCGCAGGAGCAAAUGUCGUGUCACCAAACAAUACCAGGGCAGUAUAAUAUAUAAUGAGCAAAGGCAGCUCUUUAUACAUGCUUGCAAAUUGCAUCAAA